CUCCCCUCCCCCCACCCCGACCUACUCCUCCCAGUACGACUACCCUACCAACACGCAAAUGUUGCAAGGCACGGGGCCCAUGUCACCGCACGGCGGCCACAUGUUCUUCAAGCAUUCCCCGCCCUCCACGCCGACCACCCCGUACCCUCCCAUGAUGUACGAGGGCGGCUUCCAGGGCAUGCAGCACGAGUUCUACGGGCCGGGCAUCGGCAGAUAUCCGCCGCCGCUCUACAUGCGGCCCGGGCAACAGCUACAUCCACCGCCGGUGACGUCAUCAGGGUCGAGUUCAAAGGGCACCGGAGAAGGGACAUGCGCAGUGUGCGGCGACAACGCAGCCUGUCAGCACUACGGGGUCCGCACUUGUGAGGGCUGCAAAGGGUUUUUCAAGCGGACGGUUCAGAAGAACGCGAAGUACGUGUGUUUGGGGAACAAGAACUGCCCGGUGGACAAAAGAAGACGGAAUCGUUGCCAAUUCUGCCGCUUCCAGAAAUGCCUGGCUGUCGGCAUGGUCAAAGAAGUUGUCCGCACGGACAGCCUGAAGGGUCGGCGGGGCCGCCUGCCUUCCAAGCCGAAGAGCCCGCAGGAGCAGUCCCCUCCGUCCCCGCCCGUCAGCCUCAUCACCGCCCUGGUACGGGCUCACGUCGACUCCAGCCCAACACCUCCCACUCUCAACUACAACUUGUUCAAAAUGCCAGGGGAGGAAGGGGAGAGCCCAAAGAGCGACACGGAGCGCGUGCAACAGUUCUACGACCUGCUGUGUUCGUCCAUCGAGGUCAUCCGGACUUGGGCCGAGAAGAUUCCGGGGUUUCCCGACCUCCUCAAGGAGGAUCAAGAGCUGCUGUUCCAAUCCGCGUGCUUGGAACUCUUCGUACUCAGGUUGGCCUACAGGUCUGCUCCAUCUGAAGAGCGGCUUGUGUUCUGUAACGGCGCCGUGCUCCACCAGCAGCAGUGCGUCAGGAGUUUCGGCGAGUGGAUCAACUACAUCAUGGAGUUCUCCAAGUCUCUACACGCCAUGAACGUCGACAUUUCCGCCUUCGCCUGCAUGGCGGCGCUCGUGCUCAUCACAGAGCGCCACGGCCUGAAGGAGCCCGAGAAAGUGGAAGAGCUGCAGAACAAGAUCAUCUCCUCCCUCCGCGACCACGUGACCUACAACGUGCAUGCGCAGAACCGUCCGCACUACUUCUCCAAGUUGCUGGUCAAGCUGCCCGAACUGCGCACGCUCAGUGUGCAGGGCUUGCAACGCAUCUUCUACCUGAAACUCGAGGAUCUCUUGCCCACUCCUCCGAUGAUUGACAACCUCUUUCUGGACACCCUACCAUUCUAAAAGCUAAGGCAGGAAGGGGGAGGGGGUGCCCAUAACCCCCAAACACACCCUCCUAAAUCAAUUUCCAUUUUUUCACACCGCUGAAUCUUCUGACCUAAAAUUCACAGCAAGAAUCUGAUUCUUUGUCUUAAGAAAGUUUAUCUUAAGUUUCCAACUUCUUACACUUUGCGAUGGAUUUUGCUUUUUCUAAUCCUUUUUUUCAAAGCUUGUUCUGUAGAUUUCUUCUUUUUCUUUUCACAUGAAAUUUUGUUGCCUGUUGGAUUUGUAGUCCAAGAAAGAAAUUGCGUGGUCUUUUUUAAAU